GGCGGCGGCACGCGGGGACUUCUGGCGUGGGCUGGGCCGGCGGUGGCCGCGGGCUGGGCGGAUGCGGAGGGCUCGGCCUGCGCCUCGGCCCCCACGUCUGGGAGAUGGCACCCGCCUGCGGGGGCAAGUUGUGUGAGGGGCUGGUAGGAGCAGCGCUGGCGAAAGGUAACAUAAGUGACCAGUUGUUUUGCUCUGGCUUCUGAGUUGAGCCCUGAACGCAAGGUUAUCUCUUUGAUUCCUCACAUCAACGUUGGGAAAUCCUGGGAGCUCCGCAGAUGAGGACCAAGCCUCAGGGAAAUAACGUGACUGGUCUGGUCCCAGACACACAAGGGAUAAAAUGGGAAACUGACUCCAGAGCCUGGAUCCCUAAGCACCGUACAUGUGGCUGCCAUCUGGGAGUUCUUCGACAGCUCUAAAGUGCUGUACACCGUGUGAUUUUGUGUCCCUGUCGUGCAGGUAUCAGGAUUUCUAUGCAUUUGACCUCUCAGGAGCCACUCGAGUCCUUGAAUGGAUUGAUGACAAAGGAGUCUUUGUGGCUGGCUAUGAAAGCCUGAAAAAAAAUGAGAUUCUUCAUCUGAUAUUACCUCUCAGGCUUUCUGUGAAGGAAAACCAGGGCUUAUUUCCAGAAAGAGAUUUCAAAGUGCGCCAUGGAGGAUUUUCAGACAGGUCUGUCUUUGAUCUGAAGCAUGUACCAGAUACCAGCUUGUUGGUGACCAGUGGCCUUCCAGGUUGUUAUCUGCAGGUGUGGCAGGUCACAGAGGACAGUGAUGUCAUUAAAGCUGUCAGUACCAUUGCUGUACACGAGAAAGAGAAGAGUCUCUGGCCUAGAAUGGCCAUCUUCUCCUCAGUGGCACCUGGAGUCCUCCACGGGGUGAGGCUCAGCAGUCUGCAGGUUGUGGAUCUGGAAUCCCAAAAGCCCACAUACACCUCAGGUGUCAGUGACAGUGAAGAACUGAGUAGCCUGCAGGUCCUAGAUGCAGACACCUUUGCCUUCUGCUGCAUCUCAGGCCGGCUGGGGCUUGUUGACACCCGCCAGAAGUGGGCACCACUGGAGACUCGCAGCCCUGGCCCUGAGUCCGACGCACUUAGAUGGUGUGCAGAAGUUGGCGGCAGGGGCCAGGGCCCUGGGCCCCGCAUUGCCAGCCUUGGCUCGGAUGGGCAGCUCCGUCUCCUGGACCCCCGGGAUCUCUGCCACCCUGUGAGCUCAGUCCAGUGCCCAGUGUCCACACCUAGCCCCAACCCAGAGCUGCUGCGAGUGACUUGGGCCCCAGGCCUGGACAAUUGUUUGGCCAUUUCAGGUUUUGAUGCGACAGUCCAGGUUUAUGAUGUCUCUUCUUGGGAUGGAAUGGGGAACCGAAUAGAACCUCUCUUCACUCACAGAGGUCACAUCUUCCUAGAUGGAAACAGCGUGGACACUGCCCCAUUGGUCACCACCCACACCUGGCACCCCUGCAAACCAAGGACUUUGUUAUCAGCAGCAAGCGAUGCCUCUCUUCACGUGUGGGACUGGGUGGACCUUGGUGCCUCCCACUGACACCAGCAGCAUCUUUCUGUCCAGGCCUCUAGGAGGAGGAGUAGCUGCUGUGGUAGCAAGGGACCUGAUGUAGGACUCAGGUGACCACAGGUCCCUGUUACCAGCUGUGUGGCUGUAGGCAGGUCAACCAGGCUCUCUUAGCCCCAGUUUCCUUAUUUGUAAAAUGAAGAUAGUGACAACUACCUCUCAGGGUUGUUGGGAAGGUCAGAAGUAAUAUGCCGCACCAUAAAUUAUUUGAUCUGGGAGCCCCAUUUCCCCCAAGUGUAAAAUGGCAGCGUUUUGUCUCUGUAUUCUUCACCCUGUACCCUAGUGAGAAGCAGAAGAGCUAAUGAAAGCCAAUAUGUUUUUUGAACUUUUUUACAGAAUAAAAAAAAUGUACAAGAGGCGGGAUGUGGUGGCUGACACCUGUAACCCUAGCA